GCCUCCCCAUCAUAUGACCGGCCUUGCGCUCUCAUUGCGCCCGUCCGUUCGUCUCGCAGAGCCCCAGCGCUGGUGAAUAUGGCGACGCGCAGCCGCUGCCCGCGGCCCCUCAGCCUCCCCUGCUGCUGCCUCCUGCUCCUCGCGCUCGGCAGCCCCGGUUUUUUCCAGUCACAUGCAGUGGAAGUAGAUGUGAAAGAUCUCUCCAAUAAUACGUGCAUAUAUGCAAAAUGGAUGAUGAGCUUCUUGAUAAAAUAUGAAACAAACAGUAGUGAAUAUAAAAAUGCAACCUUAAAGCCAUCUACCAAUGUAACGCAUGACGGAAGCAUCUGUGGCAAUAACACACAUGCCCCAUUACUAGCAAUACAGUUUGGAGCAGGUCACUCUUGGAGUAUCAACUUUACUAAGACUAAUGAAACUUAUCAGGGAAACAUCAUCUCGUUUACCUACAACACCAAUGAUGCAGCCUUUAAAGAUGCUAAAACAAAAGGACCAAUUACUAUUGUUGUAAAUGACACUAUGCAUCCAGUCCAACUGAAUACUGUCUACAAAUGCCAUCACCUUGACUCUAUUGAAGUGGCAAAUGUGUCUCUGUUCUUCUGGAAUGUCAUUCUGCAGGCUUUUGUUCAAAAUGGCACUGUUAGUAAACAUGAUUCUACAUGUGAAGCUGAUAAAUCUACUGUGGCACCUACCACUAUUGCCAACUUAACUACCACUGUUGCCAACUUAACUACUGCACCUAUCACUACUGCUUCAUCACCUCUGCCAACUACAACUUCUAAACCAGUGGAGAAACCACUCAUUGGAAACUAUUCUCUCAAAGAUGGCGAUAAAACCUGUCUUCUGGCUACAAUGGGGCUGCAACUGAAUGUCUCCCAAGAGCCUGUUUUGAUUAACAUCAAUCCGAAGACAACUAAUGUCACUGGUAGCUGUGGCAACACAUCUGCUAUUCUGCGAUUGAGUGACAGCAACAGGACGUUUAUUGAUUUCACCUUUGCUGUUAAAAACACAAGUGCAAACACACAAAGAUUCUAUCUGAAAGAAGUGAACAUCACCGUGAUCCGCUCUAUAAAUGGUUCUGAACCUUUCAAUGCUGGAAACAACAACCUCAGCAUCUGGGACACCUUCCUGGGCAGUUCCUACAUGUGCCAAAAAGAGCAGACUGUUUUGGUGACUGAAGAUCUUCAAAUACAUACUUUUGAUCUGAGGAUUCAGCCAUUCAAAGUACAAGACAACAAGUAUGCUAAAGCUGAAGAAUGCUUUGCAGAUUCUGACCUGAACUUUCUUAUCCCCAUCGCAGUGGGUGUGGCGCUUGGCUUCCUUAUCAUUCUUGUCUUUAUCUCUUAUGUCAUUGGAAGACGGAAAAGUCGUACUGGCUAUCAAUCUGUAUAAUCUUUUCAUGCUGUCUCUGCUGCUUUUUUCCCUUAAGGUUAUUAGUUUAUGGUUUUCUUUGACCUAGCUAUAUUAAAAAACAAAGGCUAAUGUAUUUGUGUAUAUGAUUGUGAGAACAAAUUUAGACUCACCUGAAGCUACUGUAAGGCUUUGGAGUAAAGUAAAACUGCUCCAGGAAACACUUAAGACGAUGACCAAUAUUUGUCCCCUGGGCAAUGUGAUUAUUUGACUGAAAAGGCCUAAGAUAAGGAUGCAUCUUACUCGCAGCAUUUUUAAUCUCUAUUCUUUUGCAUAAUAUCACAGCUGGUGAGUGAAUCUUCAUUUUAUAUGCAGCUACUCAGUUUAUUUCAGAUGCUGAAGUUAAAAAAACACUGCUAGAGAUUUGAAUGCUGUGUACCGAAGGAUUGUAUAUGCUGUUGGAAAGAAAUGCAAAAUCCUUCCUAGCAUUCAAUUAGAAGCAAACUUACCACUGCUGCCUUGUUUCUGUUUUUCAUGUAGCUGCUUGUUCUCUGGGGUUAGCUUAAAGCUGCUUUUCCUGUUGCAUCCAAAGUUGGUUCUUGAUCCUACAAUACGUCACCCAGAAGUUCCUUCUCUUAGUAACUAGUGUAUUUAAUAUCAGUGUGGAAAAAAUUAUCUUUUUUUAAGGGUAAGAGGGGAGUGGAUGAGACCUAGCAUAACUUACCCAAGAAUGGAAGAAGCUGACCUUAGAGAACAGAAAAAGCUUUUAAGGAAGCCUUGGGUAUCCUGUGUUGCUUUUGUCCAAAGAGGACAUUGUUAAGCAUCUUCUGUUUGCUAACCAAAAGGUUCUUCUGCUCUCUGACUUUAAUUGAGCCUAUGUUUGAGCGAAUGGGAAAACUUUGAGUUCACUGGGUCCAAGUUUUCAUUCUGUCUGUGCAAGGGAAGGAUAAUCUAGACUUCUCCUCUUGUAUUUCAAUUGAAGGAACUGGCCUAACUUUACACCUCUCUUUAACUCCACAGAGGUGUGCUCUUACUCUAUUUUCCAAAGUAGUCAGUAUGCAAAAGGAUGAGGUUAUAGAAAACCACAUUAAAAGAAAGUGACCCCACCAAAGAAUGGGAUGGUAUGUUGGAUCCAGUCAAACUCCUCCCCUAUCAUUAAUAUUGUCAUACACUUUGAAGGCCUAUGUUCCACGUUUGGGCCUUAGCAGGAUGGAAGCUAGUUAUUUUGGAUUAAAUUCUGCCAUCCCUGAACGGGUACACUGGGACAGGAGCAUCUUCCUCCUUGACCCCUUUUGAUGCAGACCUGCAGAAGCUAGUCCUACUAUUGUGCUCUCUUUUAUGCUAGGCCAUGUGACUAGCUGGGGUGCUAGUCUGUUCGCCGCCGGCAGUAGGGGGUGUGGGAAUGUGUUCAGCACUCUUCUGCAGCAUGUGUUUAGGAUGUUCCUGAGCCACUGCAAGGGCAGACUGCUGCAGAGCACUCCACCUCAUUUACAGAUGGGAGCGAGAUCAUGAUUUGGGCCUUCGUUUUACAGAUUGUUUGGGUCUCGGAGCUGGAUGAGGGUAACUGAGCUAAUUAAGUCAAAUCAGAUGAGAAGCGGUCUUUCGUUUUUCAGUUUACUGGCUCACAAAAUGUGUGUUCAGUCAUUAUGUGACACUAGGCUCAUCCAAAGAGAAAACCCAUGAAGUAAGCUGAGGUGUUCAGUCAAUACGCUAUAGGAGGAUAUGGCACGUGAGGGGCUGAAUGUAAAGUAGAGCAUGUAACAAUUCACACUGAGUGGCGUUCUUUAGAAGCAUAGUUGCCUUUAAAAAACAAAAGGUUGAGUAAAAGCACACACGGGGAUUAUCUCCAAGAGCUGUUCAAAUACACUUUCAUUUGAGUGACGUUGGGCAUGGAAGAUUGUACACUACUGACUUUCAUUUUAAAGAAACACUGUUUAGACUCCUAUCACAAAAAUUGCUUUGGUCCUAUUCUGACUACAGGAUCAAACCUAAGCUGUAACUGCAUCUUCUAAUGGGAUAAAAAUAGGGUCCUACACAGAUGUGAUCCUUUCAUGCUGGGGACUUAAUUUAAGCCCAGUGGGUUGGGUUUUUGUUUCCCAUUUUUUACUCUUGCUUUCCCAGAGUGGGGAAGUGCUAAAUGGGCUACUCUGGGCCUAACACACAUGCCCAUCAAAGCGUGUCACCUCCACAAUGACGUGAGGUGGGUUCUAUUCCUGCUAUGCUAUUCUUCAGGCUCCAGAUCUGAACUUCACACAUAGCAUCCUUUUAAUCCAGCUGGGUGACUUUAAUAAUAAAAUGCAGCAAUUUCCUAAUUUUUAUUUUUUUAAGUGCUAUUUUGGGCUUCAUGAGAAGUCAAAAUCAAGCAAGCACUUUAAAGUUAUUGUAGAAUGAAGAGUGAUAUAAACAUGGUUCUCUGAAUUUGCAAAAGACUGUACAAAUGUGCUGAUGAAGACAGAGUAUCUAUAUUAAACAAAGUUAACUAUGAA